AUGGGAGUCGCGUUUUUGUUCCUCCUGUGCGUUCUGCGCGUUUCUCUGGCGGAUGACUGGGAGCUUGUGGACUCUGCUGUGACUUACCUCGGGGAUGCAAUCGACUACAAGGAUCCCUGUAAAGCUGCUGCCUUUCUGGGAGACAUCGCUCUGGAUGAGGACGACCUCCGUAUGUUCAGAGAGUCACGUCACACCGUCCGGACCAACCGCACAAACUCAGCUAAUAGUUCCAACGAAAGCAUCAGGAGUAAGCGAGCUGCAGACAGACUGAGCCUCCACCGUCGCAGGAGAGCAGCCACCUCCAGGCCCGAGCGCGUGUGGCCAGACGGCAUCAUUCCCUACGUGAUCAGCGGCAACUUCAGUGGCAGUCAGCGAGCCAUUUUCCGUCAGGCGAUGCGUCACUGGGAGAAACACACUUGUGUAACGUUCACCGAGAGGACGACUGAAGAAAGCUACAUUGUUUUCACCUACAGACCUUGUGGGUGCUGCUCCUACGUGGGGAGGAGAGGCGGCGGCCCUCAGGCCAUCUCCAUCGGAAAGAACUGCGAUAAGUUCGGCAUCGUGGUGCACGAGCUCGGCCACGUCAUCGGCUUCUGGCACGAACACACUCGUCCGGACCGUGACGAGCAUGUAAGCAUCAUCAGAGACAACAUCCAACCAGGACAGGAGUAUAACUUCCUGAAGAUGGAGCCAGGCGAGGUCGACUCGCUGGGGGAGGUGUAUGACUUUGGAAGCAUCAUGCAUUACGCAAGAAAUACAUUUUCCAGAGGCGUCUUCUUAGACACCAUCCUGCCCCGCUAUGAUGUCAAUGGCGUCAGACCGUCUAUUGGACAGAGGACCAGGCUCAGCAAAGGGGACAUUGCACAAGCCCGCAAGCUCUACAAAUGUGCAAGGUGCGGGGACAGCCUUCAGGACAGCGCCGGAAACUUGUCUUCACCCGGUUUCCCCAACGGAUACUCGGCGUACGCUCACUGUGUCUGGAGGAUUUCUGUCACUCCGGGAGAGAAGAUCGUUCUGAACUUCACCUCCAUGGACCUCUUCAGGAGUCACUUGUGCUGGUACGACCACGUGGAGGUCCGAGACGGGUUCUGGAGAAAAGCUCCUCUCAAAGGCCGGUUCUGUGGAGAUACACUUCCAGAUCCAAUUAUCUCAACUGACAGUCGACUGUGGAUUGAAUUCAGGAGCAGCAGCAGCUGGGUGGGCAAAGGCUUCUCUGCUGUUUACGAAGCCAUCUGCGGGGGAGACGUGGAGCGGGAAAGCGGCCAGAUUCAGUCCCCCAAUUAUCCCGAUGACUACCAGUCCAACAAAGUGUGUGUGUGGAAAAUCACAGUGGCAGAAGGUUUUGAUGUCGGCCUCUCCUUUCAGUCGUUUGAGAUCGAGAGACAUGACAGCUGUGCCUACGACUACGUAGAGGUGAGGGACGGCAGCUCAGAAAGCAGCCCGCUGCUCGGUCGCUUCUGCGGCUACGACAAACCGGACGACAUCAAAAGCAGCUCCAACCGGCUCUGGCUCAAGUUUGCGUCCGAUGGAUCGGUCAACAAAGCCGGGUUUUCAGCCAACUUUUUCAAAGAGAUGGACGAGUGCUCCAGACCUGAUAAUGGUCAUUGCGAGCAGCGUUGUCUGAACACGCUGGGCAGCUACAGAUGUGCCUGUGACCCUGGAUAUGAGCUGGCAGCUGACAGACGCAGCUGUGAGACAGCUGCCUGCGGCGGAUUCAUCACCAACUUGAACGGUUCCCUCACAACCCCCGGCUGGCCCAAAGAAUAUCCACCCAACAAGAACUGUGUGUGGCAGCUGGUGGCCCCGAUCCAGUAUCGCAUCACGCUGGUGUUUGAUGUGUUCGAAACUGAAGGGAACGAUGUGUGUAAGUACGAUUAUGUGGAGGUGCGCAGUGGCUUGAGUUCAGACUCAAAGCUUCAUGGGAAGUUCUGUGGAGCAGAGAAACCCGAGGUCAUCACCUCCCAGGAGAACAACAUGAGGAUUGAGUUCAAGUCUGACAACACCGUCUCCAAGAGAGGCUUCAAGGCCCACUUCUUUUCUGAUAUAGACGAGUGCUCCAAAGGUAACGGCGGCUGCCAGCAUGAGUGCGUGAACACCUUCGGAAGCUACAGCUGUCAGUGCCGCAGCGGCUUCAUGCUGCACGAUAAUAGACACGACUGCAAGGAAGCGGGCUGCGAUCAUGUCGUAACCAGCGUCUCAGGUACCAUCAGCAGCCCGAACUGGCCCGACAAAUACCCCAGCAAGAAGGCCUGCACCUGGUCUCUGUCCACAACCCCGGGGCAUCGCAUCAAACUUGUUUUUAAUGAGGUCGACAUGGAGGCUCAUCUGGAGUGCGCUUACGACCAUCUGGAGAUCUACGAUGGGAAAGACCUUCGUGCACCGAGUCUGGGGCGAUUUUGUGGCACCAAAAAGCCUUCUCCCGUCGUCUCCAGCGGCAACAAAAUGUUCCUACGCUUUUUCUCAGACAACUCAGUGCAGAAACGAGGGUUUGAGGCUUCAUACAGAGCAGAAUGCGGAGGAAGCCUUAAAGCCGAGGUCAAGACAAAAGAUCUGUACUCUCAUGCACAGUUCGGAGAUAACAACUACCCUGGAGGCUCCGACUGCAUGUGGGUGGUCACUGCUGAGAAGGGUUACGGAGUCGAGAUCAUCUUCCAAGUGUUUGAGAUCGAGGAGGAGGCCGACUGCGGCUACGAUUACGUGGAGCUGUAUGACGGCGCUGACGUCAAGUCUCCCAGGCUGGGACGCUAUUGUGGAUCCGGGGCUCCAGAGGAGGUUUACUCAGCUGGAGACGCCAUCGUUUUGAAAUUUCACUCAGAUGACAGCAUCAAUAAAAAAGGCUUUCAUGUGCGCUACACCAGCACCAAGUUCCAGGACACGUUGCACGCCAGCAAGUGACUCUCUAAAUCUUCCCCCAAACCUAAAUGGAGACUUCACCCCUACUAUUUGGUCGGUCACACCCAUUUCCAGGCGAGGAGUGAAUGCAUGGCUCGAUACCGCAAACACCAACCCACAUACUUUACAUUGAAAUCUGUGAGACGGAGUGAAGCCGUGCAGAGAAGUCGCGUCUUCACUCCUCAUCGUUAUGUAGCUGUUUAGAGUUAAAGGACUAGUUAUCUUCAGUCUGCCCUGUAACGAGCUGAUUGCAUCAUAGCACUGAGUUAUAAAAUGUAUAUAUUGUGAUAUAGUUUGCCUUGUUUUUUUUUAAAUCAUAAUAUCCACUGUGUCACUUUUUUUUUGCUGUCUGAGGUUGAACGUGUGAUCACUUCUAAUGAAUGUAAUGCAGUUUGAUGUAUUAUAUCACUUAAUAAAUGCACAUGGUAAUUGUGGACAACAACAAAA